AUGCCCCCAAAACCAAAACCCCGAAAAGAAAACCAACCCCAAGAAGAACCCCUCCCACCCUGCGAAUUCACGUUCCCCUGUCCAGCAACAGACGAUAAAGCCAACAAUCCACGCCGAAAGGUCAUAUCCCAUAUCUUCGGCCGAAAUAAGUACGCCACGAAGCGGUUCCCGGACCAUGUGUGGGUGCAUUACUGUCGACAGCAUUACCAGCGGGCGCGGUAUAGGGUUGAGUGGCCGGUCAUGCAGUGUGAGCUGUUGAUGGUUGUCCUGGGACGCAUGGAGAGAUGGGGUGGUGUUAAGGGGUGGGAUGUUGUGUUGAGGAAGAGGGAGGUGGAGAGGUUGAAAGGGGAGGAUGGGGGAGAGGGCACCUCUACUUCUACUUCUACUUCUACUACCGAGUGUGAUCUUAUUACGCUCUCGUCUGGGUCCGGCUCGUCGUCUGCCUGUGUUGGGUUUACUACUGAUGAUGGUGGUGAGCAUGGCAGACGUAGGAAACCAAAUAUUGUGGCUUCGCCUGUGUCGGGUUGGCUUUUGAGGGAGGUUGGUUCGGAUAAGUCUUUUGCAGAUUUGCGGGACCUUGUUCGUCGGGUACGUGAGGAUAUGGAUUCUCUUCGUGGACGGGGCGUGCCGGCCCGUCGAGUCGUGUUUCCGGAUAUUGAGCUUUUACCGACGUUUCAGUCUUGGGUUCUGGCUCCGGCGAAGAAGAGGCGGAGGAGUGUGAGGAGAGAUGUAGGUCGAGGGAAGAAGGGUGGGAUUGGAGAGAAGGUUUCGAGGGUUAAUGGGAAGGGGGCUGUGAAGAGGGUUCACCAGUGA